ACGUCACUCGUGUGGACGAUUUCGAUAGAAAACGUAGAAAACUGCAAAAAGUCAGCCAGCAGCAAACUGGAAGGGAGUGUGUGGCAUUUUUGUUAGGAAAAUCGAAAAAAAUAUAGUGUAGUAAAAAGCAGAGCUGCGUUUUGUAAUAAUUUGCUGUAUAAAAAGUGCACAAUUGUGAGCAAAUCACGAUCGUACUGGGAAUAUUGUUGAAUUUGCCACCGUGUCUAGUGUCGAAUCCAUGUUAGGCUAGCCCAGCAGGAGUCAAUCCAUUGUGUUUCGUGCGAAAUAGUGUGAACGGUCAUAUAUUUUUAAAGACAGCAAAUACAGUUUGCUACAAGGUUUUUUUUUCUUCGAAACUGACGUUCAUUACUUUGCCAGCUUUUGUAGACUGUAGUUUUUGUGUUUAAGAAGGCAUUCAAGCUGGAACGAGCAACCGAAUCAAGUGUUACAGCGACAGCUUGCAAGCUCGGAUCCGAAGGAACCGUUUACGGUGAGUCCGAGUCUGGCACGGCGGGUGUAGCGGCAACAGUGGCUGAUUCGACUGGAGAAGUGUCCGAUAACAAGAAGAAAAUGAAUGGUCUUAGCUUCAGCGAACUUUGCUGUCUGUUCUGUUGCCCUCCCUGUCCGGGAAGGAUCGCCUCCAAGCUGGCAUUUCUUCCACCGGAGGUGAGCUACGAGUUGAAAGCGGAAGAUGCAGCCAACAGUAAAUUCACCCUGAAUCUGCUCGAACGGGCAGACUGGCAGUACGGCGACCGAGAAAAGGAGUGCUUCGAGGCAUUUUUCGCACGGUCCUCGAGGGGGAAUCGAAUUGCCUGUCUAUUCGUCAAGUGCAGUACUAAUGCUAGAUUUACGCUACUAUUCUCCCAUGGCAACGCGGUCGACCUGGGUCAAAUGACGAGCUUCUUUAUCGGGCUGGGACAGCGGAUAAAUUGCAAUAUCUUUAGUUACGACUACUCCGGGUAUGGCAUGAGUACCGGGAAACCUACGGAGAAGAAUCUGUAUGCCGACAUCGAUGCUGCCUGGCACGCCCUUCGAACCCGGUAUGGCAUCAGUCCAGAGAAUAUCAUCCUAUACGGACAGAGUAUAGGGACGGUCCCGACGGUGGAUCUGGCCAGUCGGUACGAGGUGGGUGCGGUUAUCCUACACUCACCGCUCAUGUCGGGAAUGCGAGUAGCUUUCCCAGCUACGAAGCGAACCUGGUUCUUUGAUGCUUUUCCUAGCAUCGACAAGGUUCCCAAGGUGACGUCACCGGUUCUUGUGAUACACGGUACCGAAGAUGAGGUAAUAGAUUUUUCCCACGGCAUGACCAUAUACGAAAAGUGUCCCCGUGCGGUAGAACCGCUGUGGGUCGAAGGUGCCGGACACAACGAUGUCGAAAUGUACAGCCAGUAUCUCGAGCGACUGAAGCAGUUUGUGUCGGUGGAACUGGUCAACUGACAAAAACUUAACAAAGGGGGCGGCGGUGGUGGUGGCGGUGGCGGUGUCGCAGGCGACGGUAGCAGCGGCGACAGCAGCCGAAAGAAAACCAACUCCGAUAAGGAAAAGCAGAAGAAAAAGAAGGAAAAAGACAAUGGGAAAACCGCUCCUGAAAUGCCAGAAGACGAUGAGAUUGACGAUGAUUUUGCGACGGAUGAUGAAAUUUUGAACGCAUCGAUAACGAUAAGCUCAAACUCAACGAAUGUGUCGACGGGUGAAAAACUUCUCUAGCAUCAGGGGUCGGACGCUGGUAGCGAGUUUAAUCUUGCUACCAACGUCCCUGUCAGUGUUUCGGCUCCUUCCGCCGCAGCCGCCGAUAUAUUUCCAUCCUCCCUUUCCUAUAACCCGGAGGAUAUUGACAACAAGCGGCAGCUCAACAGCAGCAACAACAACAGCAAACGAAGCUCCGAUUCGGCUCGAAGCGGCAACACCAAAGCUACCGUACACAUCAACGGGGUUACGAUCGAUCAUUUUCAGCAGAAUUCCGAUGUAGACGAAGAUCGUGUCUCGGCGGUGAUGGCCGGUGACAAGGCCGCAGCCGACUGCGGUAACAGUGACGUGCAGGGGUUUAUAUCGUACUCUAGCGACAGCAGCAUGAUCGAACUGAAUCUCAAGUUUAAGAAAUGCGCCUGCAACGAAAACAUAAUCAACAUUUCCAAAGAGAACUUGCAGCGUCAUGGGGAGCCGCAACGAAGCGCGAAACAAUCCUCGCUGGAUAUCGAAACUGUCCUGUCUGCUGCCGCUUCCACCACAUUCAGCAAAGAAGAUUUGAUCUGAUUCACCUUAUUGCCGUCCCAAGUAGUAGAGCAAACAAACACUAGAUACGACCACGUGGUGCGGACUCGCACUACAGAGUAGUUCAGAAAAUAGUCAAAUCGACACGCACACGUGUUACAAAAACAGACGAAGUGUACGGAUGUACCGCGACUAAAACUCUUCCCCCGUCGAAUGCUUCCCGAAAACCACCGUAGCGAAUCGAAACCAAAUCCAGAGAAUCCCUUAUUUUACGCCACAGAACUUGUAGAGAUCUGUUGGUGAAUCGGUACCAAACCAACUUUCUACAACUAUACAUUCCCUUCUUUUGCUUCUCUAACAAAACGAAACUGCACAACUGUUUAAGGCGAUUUGGAAACUCAUAGCAUUUAUUCGCUAAGGAAAUACUUAAAUACUUUAUUCCAACUGUCAUCGAUUGUGGUUGAGCUAAAUAGUCUGUAUCGUAAGAAUAGCGAACGGUUUUUAAGCACAGAAAUAAUCUUCCCCAGGAUUACGAUUGAUUAUGCAGGUUUCUUGGUAUAUCUUUCCAUGAUAAAAGUAAUGAUAAAACAAGUGCAUUCGGAUACACAUAAACCAAAAAGCAAGAAUCGCAUCUAAGAAUUCGGCUAGCUGCCCACCUUCCUUAAUCACAAAAAUGGGACUGUACAAAAAAGUGACUGUACUAAAAUACAAAAUAAUUAGGACACUAUCUCUCACAACAUUCUGUGUGAUAAAAUGCAAAAUUAUCACAACUAAUGCUGGCACUGAAGCAUAUAUGAAACCAUAGCAAAAUGUUGAGCAAGAUAAAUCAAUCGUUCGUCGUAAGCUGAGUACUGCGAAAAGUCUACUCACUAUUAUGGAAUAAAUACACACAGAAAAAUCUCUACGCGUAAGGUAUUCAACUAGAAAUAAUCUCAUUUGAAUUCGAAUUCUUUUCCAAGAACAAGCAAGAAGCAACUAACUAUACCAUACAAUAACAGAACAAAAAAAUAAAAGAAGCAACAAAUACGCAACGCAAACCACAAAAGACCCACAUGUAAGGUUAAUUAAUCGAUAAAAUUUUCCCAUUGUGAUUAUCGAUAACAAAAAAAAAGCCACGAACUGAACAAAAUCGUGCGACUGUCUUGUAGAAAUACCAAUAUAUUUAUUGUACUCUAGAACUGAUUGUGCGCAAUGGCGAAUGUGUGUUCACGAGUGUACCGAGCGAAGCAUGAAUGGUUUAAACUAAACGUAGUGCAAAACAUAUUUAGCAAUCGAUUGUGAGAAGUAAGGUUUUCUUUUAAAUAAAACAUUUGUUUCUUAUGCAUUAGUCCCGCAAUCCAAAACAAAACAAAAAACUACCCCAAAACCAGAUUAUUACGAUUAUUCAAAGUAUCAAAGUAUAUUCUUAGUUGUCAGUUGUAAGAAAGUUAUACAAGCAAAACAAAAACAAGGUACGUGUAAGGAAAUUAUAAUAAAUCAAUUGUUAUAAGUAAAAGUCA